AUGGAAGGAAGAGGAUUUUCUGGCUUAUACAAGAAUUCAAGUGAGGAGUUGUUCCUGAAGACUGUGAUGGAGAGCCCUAUUGGUGUGCCAGUACCUACGGUGGAGAUGUUGAGUUUCAAGGGCGUUUCUCAGAGCUUUCGUGCAGACAGUGAGGAGCUCUUCAAACGCUGGCUAACAAAUGGAGAGGGAUACAAUUCACCAAGCAUAGGACUUAACAGUCGAUUAUCAAAGAGGAUGUCCACUGAACUAGCUAAUGUGUCUAAUCAGCAACAUGUUGGCGUAGCUUCAGAGGGAAGAAACAAUGAUAAAUCAUACAUACAAAAUAACCUUUUGGCCAAUGACGUUUCAGGUGAUUUCAAUUUUCCAAUCAGAGAUCCUGUUGAUAGAGAACUGCAAUCUAGUAAUUUGUUUCUGGCCAAGGCUUGGUUUCUUAGUGAGCAACGAGUGACAAGAAGCCGGUCCUCUGAAUUGCGGCGGAGGUAUACUGAAAUGCAAAAUGCUCAAGCAAUACAAGGAAUGGAAUCCAUGCAAAUGGCCCCUCACCAAGGUGCUGACACUAUAAGACAAGAAGUUGCAAAUUUAAAUGGUUUUGAUUACCUUUCAAUGUGUGAACUUCAAAGCCAAAAGGGUUCAUUCAUGUCUCCAUCCAACUCAUCUUCGUCUACCUUCAACACACAUCAAUUGGUUGAUGCAGAUAAAGUUUCAUCCUGUGUAAGUAUGCUAAAGGGUACAUUACAAGCAAAGAGACUCAGCAGCCAUGUUGAGAAAGAAGCUGAAGAUAGCUUAAAUGGACAUUUUUUCCCUCAAGAACCUCUUUACCAAACUGGUUUUAAUGAAGGACAAGAAAACUGGAGUUAUCAAAAGCCAAUAAAUGUUCAAGGAGCCUCAAGUGGUCAAGUUAAGGAUCCUGGGGCCCUGCAAACACUUGAAGGAUCUAUAAACCUCGUCUUCGAUGGCUUUGCAAAUCAGACAAACCAAGUAUAUGUGGGAACAGCUUCCCAAGAACCUUCUCAAAGUGAAUCCUCUGCUGCUGCACCAGUAAUGUCCUCAGGUUUGGAUGCAUGUGAAGGUCCCAGCAAUUCAAAUCAAACUCUCUGUGAAAGCUCAUGGAAACAAGUAGGAGUGAGUAGAAGUUCAGAAAAUACUCAAAAUAAAGUCAAAGGUUUCAGAGAACAGAUAAUGGAUAAUCUGAAAGAUGAUCGGAAGAAGAGAAGUCUAGAGAGAUAUGGAUCUGUGACAUCAGCUGUUUCAGGGGACAAGGGGGACACUACAAAAAAGCGUAGGGUGGAACGCUCAAGGAAAAUGGCUGAGGCAAAGGAAAGAAAUUUGACACCUUCAGUUCCAUCAGACAUGCAAGCUGUCUUGAAGCGGUGUGAAAACCUUGAGAAGGAAGUUCGAUCACUAAAACUUAAUUUGUCCUUCAUGAAUAGGAAGGAUUCUGAACAAACAAAGCAGAUAGAGGACCUUCAGAAGCAGAACGAGGACUUGGCAGAUGAAAAAGAGCGCCUCCUAGAAGAAAUUGAAAGAAUUCUAUCAGAAACUGGAAAGAUCUAAUGUUUUGUUUUCCUACUACAUCCUCCUCAAAAACAAUGCAGUGCUCAGACAUGCUAUGACAAGAAAACCUUACCACAGUGACUUAUGGAGUCUCUUAGCAAAAUAUAAAUGCAUGGAAUCUCUGAUUUAUUAGUAUGACAAUGUAUCUGGUUAAACCUAACUGUUAUUAGAGAUUUGAGAAGCAGGUGCCAUAGAAAUGAACCUGAUAAAUUAAAACAAGGUGUUCUCAGAAUCUGUGUGCAGCCAAGCCAUUCUAAAGUCUAGUGUAUUUAUAAACCUAAACAUCAUUAGGAUUGUAAGAAAUGUUCAAAUGCUAGCAGACUAACUCUUAAGCAUAUUAUC